AUGCCAAAGGUAAAGCCAAAAAAACUCGGCUAUAACCAUAAAGAAGCUCAAAGCACCUCAAGGGCGGCCUCUUACUCGUCAAAAAGCAACGCCAUGCGUGCAUUUGGUCCCUUGUUCAAUAAAGAUCUUGGUCAACACAUACUAAAGAACCCGCUUAUAGCUCAAGGAAUAGUAGAUAAGGCAGGUCUGAGAACUUCUGAUGUUGUUCUAGAAGUGGGUCCUGGUACUGGUAAUUUGACAAUGAAAAUAUUAGAGAAGGCUAAAGAGGUUGUAGCUGUGGAAAUGGAUCCGCGCCUUGCAGCCGAACUGGCAAAACGUGUACAAGGAAAACCAGAACAAAAACGUCUAGAAAUAAUCAUAGGAGAUGUUAUAAAGACAAAAUUACCUUAUUUUGAUAUAUGUAUAAGUAAUACACCAUUUCAGAUUUCCUCGCCUUUGAUCUUCAAAUUUCUAGAACAUCGGCCUCUUUUUCGAUGUGCAGUUCUCAUGUUUCAACGUGAAUUUGCCUUACGGCUGAUUGCUAAACCUGGAGAGAGUCUUUACUGUCGGCUCAGCGUGAAUGCCCAAAUGUUCUUUAAAAUAGAUCACAUAAUGAAGGUUGGUAAAAAUAAUUUCAAACCACCCCCUCAAGUAGAUGCUUCAGUUAUAAGAAUGGAACCGAGGAAUCCGCCUCCCUCUGUUGAUUUUGCAGAAUGGGAUGGAUUAUUGCGAAUCGCAUUCAAUCGGAAAAAUAAGACACUGUCGGCUGCCUUUAAAACUACUUCUGUGUUACAAAUAAUUGAAAACAACUAUAAAACAUAUUGUGCUACUAAUGACAUGAUGAUAGAAGAUUCACUUGACAUGAAACAAAAAGUGCAAAAAGUGCUGGAAUCGGUUGACAUGACUGAAACUAGGGCAGCUAAAAUUGAUAUGAAUGGCUUUUUGAAGUAUGUAGAUGUUUCUCGAUAG